AUGAUGAUGAUCAAGCAAUCACCAUUCUCCUCUCCAUUAACAGCAAUCUUCUUGCUCACACUUGCUGUUUUCGCAGCAGCGCUUGAACCUCCACCUGAAGACCCCAUUUUCGAGCUCUACAUGCACGAUGUACUUGGAGGAAGCAGCCCCACGGCGAGACCCAUCACAGGUUUGCUCGGCAACAUUUACAACGGUCAAGUUCCUUUUGCUAAGCAGAUUGGUUUCACUCCUCCCGAAAACGGCAUAGCCAUACCCAAUGCAAACGGCGCCCUUCCAACUGUUAACGGUAUCAACGGUGUACCUCUCGGGACAGGCUUGUCUGGUACAGCUUACUCUGGUCAGAACCUGAACGGGAUACAGACUCAGCUGGGUCCUGAUGGUUUGAGUCUCGGGUUUGGCACCAUCACGGUCAUCGAUGACAUACUCACAUCUGGUCCUGACUUGGGCUCGCAGCCACUUGGUAAGGCUCAAGGAGUUUACGUUGCAAGUUCCGGAGAUGGAAGCACACAGAUGAUGGCUUUCACGGCUAUGCUUGAAGGUGGAGAGUACAACGACAACCUCAACUUCUAUGGUAUUUACAGGAUUGGAAGCGCCAUGUCGCAUCUGUCAGUGACUGGAGGAACAGGUAGGUUCAAGAACGCUUGUGGCUUUGCAGAGGUCAGGCCUUUGAUUCCUUCCGGUCAGCAUCAAGUGGAUGGUGCAGAGUCUUUACUAAGGAUCAUUGUCCAUCUAAAGUACUAA